AUGCGGCUUCGCCGACGAGCGCUCGGCUUCCUCUACUCCUACACCGCGCUGCUCUCACACGAGAGCGAUUUCCUCAUUGCUCAAGACAAGCAUCUGCUGCCGCUAGAGGUAACGUGGUGCGGGUGGCGGAUCCUCGUCGAGCAGCUGGACACUAAGAAGAAGGCCCUCCGUUACUCUUCCGAUUCUAUAUCCAAACAGUAA